CAUAAACAAGUCGUCACUGAGAACGCCCUGUUGGCGAAAAUUCUUGCAUUUGACCUUCUACGGAUACUCAUUUAUUGUAAAUUUUCCUCCCGACUAUUUAAAUAACUAAAUACAGAAUGAGCUCCGUGGUCAAGAUCGAUUUUGACGACAUCAUGAAGGAUAUAGCCAGGGCCAUACACAAAGAUUCAGACAUAGAUAAUCUCGGAAAAGCCUUGGGAUUUGGGCAAGGAGAUAUUGGCCGCGCAAUUGAUAAAAACGCUCAACAAGGAGGGGAUUAUAUGGGAACAUUGGGUAUGCUCAGGACGUGGCAAAACGGACAAGAACUUCAGAACCAAAAGGAGGAAUUGAGGUCGGCACUAACAACAGCUGGAUUGGUAAACCUGGCUGAUCAAUAUUUAAGCAUUCCCGUACCCGAAUCUGCAAAAACCACUGAAAGACCAACAGAGAACCGUUCCAAGAAUGAGGGUAACGACGAGGACAUUCCAGUAGUCGAGAAUGUGUGUCCACCAAGCGAUGAGGCGGUGGAAUUAAAACUACGGGAUUACCAAGAGGAGGUCCUUACUCCAGCAUUGAAGGGACAGAACGCCAUGGUGGUCUUGCCGACAGGGACAGGAAAGACAGAAGUCGCCAUCGCUCUUAUAAGUCGCCGGUUCCUGGCCCGCAACCCUGUAGGAGCCACUAAUCAUCGAAGGCAGAAGAGUGUGUUCGUAGUGAACAAGGUUCCCCUAAUGAAACAACAGAAGGACAGGUGUCUGAAAUACUUGAGGGGAAAGUGUAAGGUCGCUGGAACUAGCGGUGUGGAGUCGAACCCUGUGCCAUUGGACUUCCUCAUCGAUUCCAACGACCUCACCGUCUUGACGGCAGAGAAGCUUGUCAACGCCCUCAAAGAUAAGAACAUUAAGCUUGAACUCUCCGACAUCGCACUAGCUUGUCCUAGACGAAUGUCAUCACUGCCAGAAAUCUGAUCCAUACAAUGUUCUGAUGGCUAUGUAUAGAGACCUAAAGCUAAACUCUCCGGAACUUCCGAGACCACAGAUACUUGGACUGACAGCAUCACCUGGUGUUGGGAAUUCUAAGAACAUUGAGGAGGCUGAACGCUACAUCACAAAGCUCUGUGCAAACCUAGAUUGUAGAAUAUCACGACCAAAGAUCUAUGCUGACCAGCUUAAUGCGAGGAGUAACUCACCCC